AUGUGUCCUCUCAGGUUCAUUCUCGUAUUCUUGUCGGCAACUCUUGCUGGUUUCUUGGUCCUCAGAAAUCUCAGAUCUCAACCUCACACCACUGACUCUGACUUGGAUGUAAACAAUGAUAACAAUGAACACACCCUAACCUCAGAUGCUGUUUCUCCAUCCAUAGACAAUUCAACUUCCAAGGUUUGUGCUGCAUUGCAAUCUGGGUUCUGGACCUUCCUUGACAUGGCCAGCGGUCGCUAUCUUUGGAGGCACUUAGUCUCUUCCUCUUCCCCAAAGCCUGAAUGA